CACUGACGUCCUGCGCGUGGUGCGUGUAUGAAGACCGGGAACAGGCUGCGCACGUUCACUACUGGGCAAACUACAAAGCUCUACACAUUAUAGGCCUAAAGUGUUGCUGUCAUGCCUGCGAGAAAGUCCGCCACCAAGAGGAAGCCUGAAGCUGCUGUGGAAGCUACAGACUCCAAGAAAGCAAAAGUUUCGCAUAAGAGUCAUGGUAAAGAAGCAGGUCAGGUUCUCGUUCUUGGCCAGGGUGAUGUUGGACAGUUGGGCUUAGGUGAGGAUAUUGUUGAAAGGAAGAAGCCAGCCCUUGUGUCUUUACCCGAGAGUAUUGUGCAAGUCGUUGCUGGUGGCAUGCAUACAGUGUGCCUCAGUGACACCGGCCAUGUUUACACAUUUGGCUGUAAUGAUGAAGGGGCUCUUGGUCGUGACUCGUCAGUGGAGGGAUCUGAGAUGACUCCAGGAAAGGUGGCAUUGGAAGAGAAGGUGAUCCAGGUGUCUGCAGGGGAUAGCCAUACAGCUGCACUCACAGAAGACGGAACUGUCUACAUCUGGGGUUCCUUCAGGGACAACAAUGGUGUUAUAGGUCUCCUGGAACCCCUCAAAACAUCUACUGUUCCACUGAAAGUUCCCAUGACUGAACGUGUUGUGAAAAUUGCAUCUGGUAAUGACCACCUUGCACUAGUGACACUGGACGGAAAUCUUUACACAUCAGGCACCGCAGAGCAGGGGCAACUGGGAAGAGUGCCUGAACGGUUUGCCCACAGUGGAGGCAGGCAAGGCCUCUGCCGUUUUCUCAUUCCUCAGAUGGUAAAAGUCAAAGGGAAGGUUCAUUUCACAGAUGCCUUCUGUGGGGCCUAUUUCACCUUUGCUGUGUCAAAAGACGGACAUGUGUACGGCUUUGGACUCGCCAACUAUCACCAGCUGGGCACUAAAAGCACAAAGAUGUGUUUUACUCCUGUUAAACUGACAUGCUUCAAAAACUCCUCCACCUCCUGGGUCGAUUUCUCUGGAGGACAGCAUCACACAGUCUGUCUCGAUGCUGAAGGGCAGGUCUACAGUCUGGGCAGAGCAGACUAUGGACGUCUUGGUCUAGGCGAAGGAGCUGAAGAGAAAAGCGAGCCCUCACUGGUGACUGGGAUAGAGCCAGCCAGUGGAGUGGAGUGUGGAGCAUCUGUCAGCUUUGCCAUCACUAGAGAAGGCUCUGUUUACGCCUGGGGUAUGGGCACCAACCUGCAGCUCGGCACUGGAGAGGAGGAUGACGAGUGGAGUCCUGUGAAGAUGACAGGCAAGCAGCUGGAGAACCGUGUAGUACUGAUGGUGUCCAGCGGGGGGCAGCACACGGUGCUUUUGGUGAAAGACAAACAGGAGAGCUGAUGGCUUUUUGAAGGCAGAUAAUGCUGGUGGGGGCCUUGUUCACGAUGCCUAAAUAUGAGGAGGGGGGGUUUGAUCCUACUGUGAUUUCCUGAGCUGAGGUGCUGGUCAGAGGUUGGGUGGGAGGGGUCAGCUCUAGCCCCUUUUGAGAACUCUUCCUCGUAUGGAAACAUUUUUCCAGGAUGUUUUCUGUAGAUCAUGACAAAUGAGAGACUAUUUUUUUAAAUCUAGUUUUUGACGUUGCCUUUGAAUUCUUUCCAUAAAAGUCAUUGGCGUGACUGGAAGAUUAAAUAUGAGGUGGUUGUGAAUGUGCAUGUACAUAAAGAAAGUGAGAGCGCAAGCCUUUUAUUGACUUCUCCAAACAACGGUCAUUUUAAUGUUUUUCUUUAAAGCAAUAAUUCCACUUUUAUUUUGGUUCAGAAGGGAUCUGUCAGUUGUUCCACCAUGAGCGUAUAUACAGUUGUUGCGACUGUUCAGUAACAUGUACUGUAUCCUGCAUUCUGUUGCUUUUUUCUGUCUGGAAAUAAAUAAUACAUUUUAAGUUUUUAA